UAAGGUUAAGACUGAAAUCUUGACGGGUGGCAGUGUCUGGACUUCACUGUGUAAAUCUCCUCAGGCUUUCAGCGCAGGGCAUUGUCCGGCCCAAAAGAAUAGAAACAAGUCAUUCAAGUAUUUUGCCGAGCAUCUCUCGAUCAAAUUAGAGACUCGAAGAACAAAAGCAGCAGCAAGAAGAAAACACAAUGAGUUCCUCCUCCACAGCUCUUCGAGACCUACAGAGCGACCUCGAGAACAAAGCCAACGAUCUUAGCAAGCUCCAAAAAGAUAUAGCUAAGAACCAUCAAGUCCGGAAGAAGUACACUAUUCAGUUAGGAGAAAACGAGUUAGUCCUCAAGGAGUUGGAUUUAUUAAAAGAGGAUGCGAAUGUGUACAAGUUGAUUGGUCCAGUGCUUGUGAAACAAGAUUUAGCGGAGGCCAAUGCGAAUGUUCGCAAGAGAAUUGAGUACAUCUCUGCUGAAUUGAAGCGGCUUGAUUCAUCUCUUCAAGAUUUGGAAGAGAAACAACACAGCAAGAGAGAAGCGAUAUUGAAGGUGCAGCAGAGGAUUCAAUCUCUUCAAGCUGGAAAAGCCAAGGCUUAGCACUUCUUCAAGUGGAAUGUUAUUUAAUGUUGCAUUCCAUGGUUGUUUAUCUUAGUCGGAACUUGAAUUCAGUGUUAUUGAAACAGGGUUUUGUAGCUACCUUGUGUACUAGCUUCUUUAACCAUGAUGGUUUAUGUAUGACAGAAUGGUAAGCUAUUCAAACCAGUACAUUUUCUCACAGCCUUUUUCUAUUUUGGACUGCCCUUUUCGGUGAGACUGAUAAUUGAUUGCUACUUAAAUAUGUAGUUUGAUGGCUUUUGAAGCUUUUAUGGUUUAUGCAUUAUGCUCCUGGUCUUUGUA